AUGCACAGUACCACUAAAAUUGCUCUGCGCAAGAAAAGGAGGAGCCAAUAUCGCUACGAGACGGACAUGCAACCUCAAUGCUCUGAGAUCGCUGCCGAAACUUUUAUCGAUGCUCGUAGUAGUGCCUCUCUCAGAAUUUUGAAACAUUCAGAGAAUUAUUAUCCAGAUUUAAUGGUGGCCUGGCUAGCAUUGCCAAUAUAUUACUACCACUCCCCUCGCUUGUUGGCUGAGUUUCAAACUUUUGUGGUCUCUAAAGGUCAGGACAGGUACUACAGUCCAGAGGGGGAGACGGAUCCGAGGAGUAGCUGCCUCCCUUGCCUGUCUGCCCCCAGAGGGAUACCUGGAUGCCAAGGCUCCAGAAAACGGGCAGCCCGCCUGACCCGAAAUGCCGAGGCUUCCCCGAGACACCGAGAUAAAUUGGUGCUGAACGGCACCCGGGAUGGGAAGCCGGACGAGAGCGCCACGCAGUACGCCGUGCUCGCCAUCGUCCCCGUCUUCUGCAUUAUGGGUUUGCUCGGCAUCCUUUUCUGCAACCUGCUGAUGAAGAAGGGGUACCGCUGCACGGCCCAGAAGGAGGCGGACGAGGAGGCGACCAAAUUGGACAGAACCGCCCCCAGUAGCACUCCACAAGUCUUUUAA